GGAGGGAGGGAGAUGCUGUCCAGAGCAGGCGGAAGAGGUGCAACAGGGCGAGGCUUGGGAAGAGAGUAGAGUGAAGAUCCCAACAUGUGGAUGGAGGACAGUGUUAUCCAGCUAUGAACACUAUGCUGAGCCCCAAGAUUAGACAGACGAGGAGAGCCAGGUCUAAGAGCAUGGUCAUGGGCGAGCUCUCCCGCGGGUCCAGCAGGCCGUCGUCCCCUGGUCUUCAGGAGAGGGCGCUGAAGACCGGCUGGCUUAAAAAACAACGAAGUAUCAUGAAGAACUGGCAGCUGCGAUGGUUCGUACUCAGAACUGACCAGCUCUACUUUUACAAGGAUGAAGAGGAAACCAAACCACAGGGCUGUAUCCCGUUGCAGGGCAGUCAGGUCAAUGAGCUGACAGCCAAUCCUGAAGAACCAGGACGACAUCUCUUUGAGAUUGUUCCAGGCGGCACAGGGGAGAAGGACAAAUCGGCUCUCAGCCAUGAGGCUUUCCUGCUCAUGGCAAACUCCCAGAAUGACAUGGAGGAUUGGGUCAAAGCCAUCAGACGUGUCAUUUGGGCUCCCUAUGGUGGAGGUAUCUUUGGGCAGCACUUGGAGGACACAGUACAAUAUGAGAAGAAAUUUGGACCCCGGCUGGCCCCUUUACUGGUAGAGCAGUGUGUGGACUUCAUUCGAGAUCAGGGUCUGAAAGAAGAGGGUCUGUUUAGGAUGCCCGGACAGGCCAAUCUCGUCAAAGAACUCCAGGAUGCGUUUGACUGUGGGGAUAAACCUCUUUUUGACAGUAACACUGACGUCCACACGGUAGCGUCUCUCCUGAAGCUCUACCUCAGGGAACUGCCCGAGCCGGUGAUCCCCUUCAGCAAGUACGAGGACUUUCUAACCUGUGCACAACUUCUGCUCAAAGAUGAAGAAGUGGGACUCAAUGAGCUUGUGAAGCAGGUGAACACUCUUCCUCAGGCUAAUUAUAAUUUAUUAAAGUACAUUUGCAAAUUUUUAGAUGAGGUGCAGUCACAUUCAGCUGAGAACAAGAUGAGUGUUCAGAAUCUUGCAACAGUUUUUGGACCAAACAUCCUUCGACCUAAAGUGGAGGACGCUGUUUCAAUGAUGGAAGGAACCUCCCAGGUCCAGCACUUGAUGACGGUGUUAAUAAGCGAACACGAGCGGCUGUACGUGGGAACCGAGGGAGAUGUUUCCUCCGAGCAGACCGGAAGUUUUCAUCAGGUUCAGCGCAACAUGGCACAGUGGAUCUCUGAGGACGAGAUCCUCAACCGCUCACCUUCGAACCAGACGUCCAGUGCCACAUCUUUAGAUAUUACUGUAGGUGCCCUCAACACUGCCAAGGUGUCAUCUCAGGGAAAAUCUGGAUUGACUGUCAGCCCCAGUAAGCAGGCAAAGUCUCUCCCCUCCUGGAAGUACUCCUUCAAGGGAGGAGGCACACGUGCUCAGCCCACAAAAAUUGGAGGUUCUUCCGUGGACGUAUCCAACAUGCCCAGUGCCGGUAACUGGUUAAUGAACGGGCUUUCUUCUUUGCGGAGCCACCGGAGAACAUCUUCUGGAGAACGAAUGGGAAAGGACGCGAUCCUCUCACACCGACUUUCCACUUAUGAUAACGUGACAUCAUCCAGUCUCAGCGUACCCAGUGUGGCGAGCACAGCCUGGACCACAUCCUCCUGCGAGAUCUUAGUGGCCGACUCGGUGAGCAGUGAGCCUUCCUGUCUGAACUCUGUGAAGGCCGAGUGGUCGGUUGGAGGGUCUGUCCGGAGUCAGGGUGAACAGAGGAGCACAGAGGUCACAGAUAGCAGUGAAGCUCUGGAGAUGUGUGUGAGCAGUGCAGGUUGCAGCGAGAAUGGAAACGUUGAAGAUGCGGUGGACGUCACAGGAGAUACUGACAAUAGAACGACAGCACUUAACAGCGUGGUGACGGAGCUGAAGGACAAAUUGAAGAGACAGAAGAUCAGCUAUGAGUUACGAAUACGAAAGUUAGAGGAAUCAAAUGGAGCUCUACAUAGCCAGAUGGAGAGACUGGAGGAGGAGUUAGACCAGGAGAAAAAGAAAAAUCGAAUGUUGGAAAUUAAACUCCGCAACUCUGAGCGGGCUCGCGAGGACGCGGAGAUCCGAAACCGCUUGCUUCAGAAUGAGAUGGAGGAGUUCUUCUCCACUUUAGGAGAUCUUACCUUGGGGUCCAGGACGAGCAAAAUUUGACUGGCAAGAUGUGACGGCCCACCUGCUUAACACAAAGAAACUGUGUUUGUUGUAGAUAGAAUCUGGAAAUCUCUCUGCUCAUGUAUCAUGGGUAGUCAGAGGUAAUUUUGUGCUGUUUUGUUACGGCAAUUUGAUCAGCUGUUAUCACGUGUAACGGUUUCACUUUCCGUCUGCCAUCUUCAGUCUUAAAUGAUAAAGGAAGAGUUCAUCUGAAAAUUAACGUUCUGUCAUUACUCACUGCUCUGCCCACUUCUCAAACCUGGGUUUGAUUUGAGAUCUAUGGCAGCAUUAUAGUGCACAAGCCAUAUGUGACCCUAGACAACAAAACAAGUGUCCAGGGUAUAUUUGUAACAAUCGCCAAAAAUACACUACGGGUUAAAAUUAUUGUUUUUUAUGCCAAAAAUCAUUAAGAUAUAAAGUAAAGAUCAUGUUCCAUGAAGAUAUUUUAUCAAUUUCCCACCAAAAAUACUUUCAAAUAACCUGUAUAUCGGCUAACUAUUGUCCUUUGCCAACAAACCACACAUCAAUGUAAAGCUUAUUUAUUCGGUUUUUAGAGUAUUUCCAUAUUAAUUGAUAAUUUUUUACCCAUAUCACUGGUUUUGUGGUCCAGGUUCAUAUACACUCUUAAAAUUAAAGGUGCUUCAUGGUGCCACAUAAGAACCAUUUUUAUAAAGAACCUUUAUCAAAAAAGGUUAUUUUGUAGUUAAAGUUAUAGAUAAAGAAAAGGUAAGAAAGAAAUUGUUACUUUAACUAAAUGGUUCUUUAAGUAACCAAAAAUAAUUUUUCUUUUGCAUCACUAAGUACCUUUAAAAAAAAACACCACCGUUUUUCAAUAUUUUACUAUGUACUUACCUCAACUAAGACAAAUUAAUACAUUCUUUCUUAAAUGCGUUAGCAUUUAGCAUAGCCCCAUUCAUUCCUUAGGAUCCAAACAGGGAUGAAUUUAGAAGCCACCAAACACUUCCAUGUUUUCCCUAUUUAAAUACUGUUACAUGAGUAGUUACACGAGUAAGUAUGGUGGCACAAAACAAAACGUGGCGAUUUUUUUAAGCAGAUAAAAAAUGAGAACUAUAUUGGUGGAGGAGCACUUGUUUGCGGCACUUCAACCUUGAGCGCAGUAAUAUUGACAGAAGUUUGAGCGAGAGAUGAAGUAGUGUUUGGUGGCUUCUAAAUUCAUCCCUGUUUGGAUCCUAAGGAAUGAAUGGGGCUACGCUAAAUGCUAACACAUUCACGAUGCGCUGUACAAAGAUUAAGUGCACGCAUUGAAAAAAGAUAGUUAUGUAUUAAUUAAUCUAAGUUGAGGUAAGCACAUAGUAAAAUAAUGAAAAACGGUGGUGUUUUCCUUUAAGCACAUUUAUUUUUAAAAGUGUAGUUACAUUGUCAGAAUUUUUUUUCAAAAUCUGUACUUUUUUGCACCUAAAGAGUUCACAUUAGUAUCUCAAAGGUAUAUUGGUAACAACUGUACACAUAUCUUUACGUAAUGGUACAUAUUAGGUCCUUUUUAAAGGGAAGUGCCCCCAGUGACAGAUUUCACCCAUUUUUAUUAGACCAAGUAUUUUGGCACGGAAAAGAUGUCCAUAAGGAUUCUUCUUAAUGUUGUGUUGCACAUAAAAAUUAAAUAAUGACAGAAUAUUUUUUUUUGGAUGAGCUUUUCCUUUAAGGUGCAGUUCACUUAUAACUUACAUUAAUAUUCUAACAUUUACAGAUAAUACCAAAGCAUGACUUUCCUGACUGUUUGUUAUUCACCUCUCACAAUGGCAGGUCAUUUCAAUGGAACCGAAUAUCAUUAUCCUGUAAAUGCAUGUUAUGAAAAAUCCUGCAGAACAGUCUUGAAGAAAUGUUCUCACAAUUUCCAUUUUUUAAACGAGCCUAUACAUAAAACUAAUAAUCACCAUACAUGCUGCAUCCUAUCACAUUGUGCCUGACACUACCCACAAAAACAAACACUGGCUCAUUUAUAUAGACUGUUACACUUUCAGACUUCACAGAGGAAUCAUUUCAGCAAUCCCUUUAUUGUAAGUCUAAAUGCACUAUAAAAUCAAAGUUUUUCCUGGAUCAGAUGAGGUGACAUCAACCAAACUGUUUGUUAUUGUGCAAUGGCAAAACAUUUGAAAGUUAUUCAAAUCUUUAAGGUAAACUAUCAGAUUGAACAAAGAUUUCAGCUGCAAAGAUUGCCAAGUCUGUUAUUUAUUUAAGCUUAUUAUUAAAGUAAACCUAGAGCUAUUUCUCAGGUGGUGUUUUUCGAAACACUCAGUGAAUGAGUGUCUUUAUAUAUAUAUUGUAGUGGAUGAUGAAACUAAGGUUGACACAUACUUGAACGUUACUAUAAAGUAGUUUUUUGUUUGGUUUUUUAACAAUGCAUAUGUUCUCAUGGUCAUUUUUCCUGUUAAAUGAUUCCUGUAUGCGGAAAGUGCCAAAGUAGAGGUCUUCAGGAAGUGGGUAUUGACGUGAAUUUCAAAUGAAGACUGAAAUGAUUUGCAAUGUAAUAACUUGUCAUAGUCAUCAAAACUGAGAAAUGUUCUUACUAUAAUGUAUCACAAAAAAAAAUGUAUCACAAAAUGACUCAAAAUAAGUUUGAUGAUGAUUGACCGAACAACUAAAUUGGGGUAAAUAU